CAAAACUUUUACAAAGGUACUUAAUGUCUGACACACGGACUUUUUGUAGUUCUAAAUCGAGCGUUAGGCCUAGUUCGGAUGAAAUUACACUAUUAAAAUGAUCACUGAAUGAUUUGUUUUUCUGAAUCUUUACUAUUUUGUUGUUCGCUAGAAUACCAUUUUGCGAUUUCACACUUAAGCAAAUGUUUGAAAACUCCGGAUCUCCUUCCUUCAUGGUGGCUGCCAUUUUUUUGUGCCGCACGGCGCAUGCGCAGAGCUGAUUCGACAGGGCUUUCCACAAGCGCCGGCCACACAAUUAAGUCCAGCCGGCUACUUUAAUGACUAUUUUUGUAGCCCACAGGCUCUAAAUAUUAAUUUUCGAUUUUAAUAAAAUUAAAUGUUUAUCUAACGGACUGACAAUAAUGUCAAACUGAACCGUUGAUCAAGGGAGAGUAACUCAUCCGCGCCCCGACAUGCGGUGUGCGCGCGCACUCGGCGCAUGCUCAGUUGCGUGAAUGUGUCGAAUGAUUCUAUGAAUUCGGUGCCCUUUCAGAAGACUCAGUGUCUCAAGAUAAAAUGCUGAUAUAUUUCUUCAGAACAUUGACAAAAUUACAUUUAAACUGCACUAUUUCAAAAUAUUGGGUGUUUUUAGUAUAUUAAACUGAAAAGAAGGACAUAAUAACUAUUAUUUUCAUUUUUAUUAGUUUUAAUAUGUGAGGAGCACAGCAAUUCUGCAUGUCCCCAUCACCAAUUACAGUAACAAUGUGGCCAAUUUUAUGUUUACAUUCUUUAAUUUUUUUAAUUUAUUUUUUGUUAAAUGCAUCACUGCUACUCCAGUUUCACAUACAAUGUGUUUUUUGGGGGAAAAGUAAUUAUAUUUUAGAAGAAAUUUAGGCAUUUUCCUUUGUCCCUAUGUAUAAUUCAACUCCGUCACGCAACCGCCUCCGCCCCCUAUUUGUAUACAUAAAUGGUUUGACCCUGUGACAUCAUUUAAGGAAGUAGAUUUAGCAGAGUCUCCAGAACAGCAUGGUGCAACCAGUGGUAAGUGUUAACUCUCAUUUCUUGAAAUAUUGUAAGACUUUUAUAAACAUAUAGGUUCCGUCAAGCAUAAGUACUCAACACUGUUGAGUGAAAAAGUCAUAGUAGAGAAGUUUUUUUAUCGAGAAAUGAUUAUAUAUUUAUGAAUUAGAAGAAGAUCUAAACUGAAUCACGCCAUGUGCCACAGUCCUAGCAUUUAGCAUGAACAGUUAACAACAGAUUAGCAUAAAAUCUUCAACCCCAUCACAUUCAACCCCGUCACACAUUCUGUUGUUAUGGGGUUGAAUGACUGUUACAGGGUUGAAUAGUUGUUUAUAUUAGUUGUUUAUAUUUAAUGACGGCAAAAACAGCUGCAGAAAGGCAGAGGGAGUACAGGGCCAGAAGAGACACUGACCCAGAGAAAAGGGAAAAAUAUCUGAGGCAUGAGAGGCAGAGAUGGAGGAGAGAUGUUGAGGCAGGAAAAAAGAAAGGAAUCAAGGAGCUGAGUGAGAGAGGUCAGAGGACAAGGAGAAAGAUGUGGCGCCAGGCUAAGAGGAGACAGAAGAACAGGGAGCAGCUUGCCCUCCUGUACCUGAAACAGAAAAUCAUGUGCCCAUGUCACACCAGGCUACAAGACAAUCUGUGCAGGGAAAGAAAAAAACAAGGAAAUCAAAAGAGAAGAUGAAAAAGAAGAUAGAACUAGAGCAAUUACUACAACAAGAGAGACAACAGAAAGAGAAAUACAAAAAAAGGCUACAACGUGUAAAGAAUGACUUGCCAAGAUCCCCUGUCAAGAAAACUUUACAUUAUCAUGAAGCACUCAAACUUCAAAUACAGGAGACUUACAAACAAGCAAAGACCGAAAAACAGAGGCAGUUAAUAUCAGGCGUAGUGGUCAGUGGGAUCAUGAGAAAAUACAGAAUGCUGAAAAAGUCAGAGUGCGCAUUGGGAUUUUCAAAGAAACACCGAAGCCUAGCCAACUGUGAAAUAUUGAAAUUCAAACGCAAGAAGAUCACAGCAUUUGAUGACAUGAAGAAGAAAGUGAAGGAGUUCUUCACACGUGAUGAUGUCAGUAGAAUAACCACUGGCAAGAACCAAACCUCAACAAAAAAUAAAACAAAGAUGCAAAAGAGGUUCAUGGUUGACACAAUGAAGAAUCUCCACCGAAAAUUCAUGUCAGAAAACCCAGGGAGAUUGUCUUAUUCAAUGUUUUGCCGUCUCCGGCCUUUCUGGGUUAAGCCCUCUCUUGCAGAUCGUGAAACUUGCAUGUGCAAGCUCCAUGAGAACCUUUCAUUUGUUGCCCAAAAGCUCAAACAACUACAGCUUAUUGAGACAUCAGAGCUGGAAGAACUUGCCAAUCAAAUUUGUUGCAGUCCAUCAAAUAAGCACUGCAUGUAUGGUGAGUGUGAGCAGUGCAAGAAGGAAAUUAUUCCCAUAUCAGAUGCCUACAAACCAGAGGAAGAUGUUGUUUGUCCACAAUGGAUUAUGAAAGAAAAAAACAAAAAAAAUGAAGAUGAAAAAACUGUGAAGAUUACUGUUAAAGAGAACCUGCACACAUCCCAAGAAAAUCUUGUGGAAAUGUUUCAUUCAUUGCUUCACAGGUUCCGCAGGCAUCUGUUUAACAUUAAACAACAGUACGCCCACUGUCGUGAAUUGAAGAGGCACAUGCCCAUGGACGAGUGCCUCAUUCACAUAGAUUUUUCAGAGAAUUUUACCUGCAGGUAUGGUGCAGAGGUCCAUAUGAUGUAAUAUGAUGUAAUUGCUGAUCCACGAAUUUUAAAUAUAAAAUAUGUUCAAUACCAAAAAAGUUGUUGCGUUUUUACUAAUGAUUUCAUUUUUUGGUACAUUAAAAGGCAACUUGCACAGUAUUGUACAGAAAUGCUUUUCAGGACCCAUGUCUUCUGAGAGGUUUCCUCCUACUCCUACAUUUCACCAAGCGAUUUUCUAUUCCCUCAAAGACUUUUUUUUAACUGGUAAAUUUUCUAAGUAGCUGCCUAACACUAGGAAUGCCCUAUUGACCCUACCAUGGGGUUUUAGAUCAGAUUAUAUGUUUUUAUAAUGGAUAAAAAGCAUAUAUAAUUUGAUAUAUAAUCCUUGCUUAGUCAACCCUGUUACAACAGGUCAACCCUGUUAUGACCAAUUCAACCCUGUUAUGAGACACAAUUUAUAAUUUUUAAAAAUGUUCUCAACAGAAAACCUUCUAAGGUUACAUAUGGUUUGUAUAUUAGAUUGUGAUAAACAUACCA